AUGACAAACAUCCGAAAAACACACCCCCUACUCAAAAUCAUCAACAACUCCUUUAUUGAUCUCCCCACCCCCUCUAACAUCUCAGCAUGAUGAAACUUCGGAUCACUACUAGGAAUCUGCUUAGUCCUACAAAUUCUCACAGGACUAUUUCUAGCCAUACACUACACAGCAGACACAGCAACCGCAUUCUCAUCAGUAACUCACAUCUGCCGAGAUGUAAACUACGGAUGAAUUAUCCGAUACAUACACGCUAACGGAGCUUCCCUGUUCUUCAUCUGCCUAUUCGCACACAUCGGACGAGGCAUCUACUACGGAUCCUUUGCCUACAAAGAGACAUGAAACAUCGGUAUCCUGCUCCUAUUUGCAGUAAUAGCAACAGCCUUUAUGGGAUACGUCCUACCAUGAGGACAAAUGUCCUUCUGAGGUGCUACGGUAAUUACAAACCUUUUAUCCGCAAUACCCUACAUCGGGUCUAGCCUAGUAGAGUGAGUCUGAGGGGGAUUCUCGGUAGACAAAGCAACUCUCACUCGAUUCUUCGCUCUUCACUUCAUCCUUCCCUUCGUAAUUCUUGCCCUAGUACUAGUACACUUACUAUUCUUACACGAAACCGGAUCCAACAACCCAAUAGGAAUCGUAUCCAACCCCGACGUAAUCCCCUUCCACCCAUACUACACAGCCAAGGACACCCUUGGCCUAUUCAUCAUGCUCACAGCACUAAUAUCCUUAGCCCUAUUCUUCCCCGACSUACUAGGAGACCCAGACAAUUAUACAUCCGCAAACCCCCUAAACACACCACCCCACAUCAAACCAGAAUGGUACUUCCUAUUCGCAUACGCAAUCCUACGCUCAAUUCCCAACAAAUUGGGAGGAGUACUAGCACUAAUCCUAUCCAUCCUCGUACUAGCACUAAUCCCACUACUACACACAUCAAAACAACGAACUAUAAUGUUCCGACCCCUGAGCCAAACCAUCUUCUGACUCCUGGUGGCCGACCUACUAGUUCUCACAUGAAUCGGAGGACAACCCGUGGAACACCCCUUCAUCCUAAUCGGACAAGUAGCCUCUAUCCUUUAUUUCACACUAAUCCUAGCAGCAAUGCCAAUCGCAGGUAUCAUCGAAAACAAUCUCAUAAAAU